AUGGCAGGUUUCCUUAUCCCGGAUACCUACCAGGUAUCUGCACCAUCCGUCGAUGAUCUUCUAAUCGCCAGCAUUAUUUGGGGUUUCUCGCUGGCCGCUGGCCUAUUUAGCUGCGUCAAAUGUAUCCGACAAACCUCACACUCAUGGAAACGAUCCAGCAAAGUCAGCCCUUAUAUCGUGAUGAUAUGGGCUGAAUGGACCGUUUCUAUGGUUAUUGGCAUCAUAUCUUGGUUCUUCCUCAGAGGUAUUCUCUUGGCAAGCUUUUGGGUAUUUUUCUUUCUGUUAUGUCUCUGGGUCGUUCAGAUUCAAUGCAUCUGCGGAAUUAUUAUCAACCGAAUUGCGCUCUUAAUGGUCGAUCGCCGACAAGCUGCUAAAAUUAGAUGGACUGUUGCUGCCAUCUUAGGGUUGGUCAACAUUAGCGUCUAUUGUAUUUGGAUACCUGCCCGCCUACAGAUAUCAGACACAUACAUCCAUGUCAAUAACAUUUGGGAUCGGAUUGAAAAGGGCAUUUUCCUCAUAAUUGAUGCCUCUCUAAACUUUUACUUCAUCUAUCUGGUUCGAACAAAGUUGAUCGCGAAUGGUUUACAGAAGUAUAUGCCACUCUUUAGGUUCAACAUGCUCAUGGUUGCGGUGUCUAUAAGUCUAGACAUCAUUUUAAUCGGUAGCAUGUCAAUAGGAACCGGUGUCAUUUACAUCCAAUUCCACCCUCUUGUCUACAUCCUCAAGCUGCAUAUCGAGAUGAACAUUGCAGAUCUCAUCGUCAAAGUCGUCAAAGCUACAUCUGACAACAGGUAUUAUGGAAACGGAACCGAGUUGCGGUCGAAACCAACCAGAGGAGUGUUCGGGAACGGUGGGUCAGUAGCCAGGACAGCCAACGGGCAAACAAUCAACCAUUUUGGGGGAAACCAGGUUGACAUUGAGGUAUCAUCCGGUGGAUACAAAAGUCAGGAUACCGGGGGAGGGAUCACAAAGAUUGUCCAUACAAGAGUUACAUCCAGGCGACGCGAUCAGUCUGACGAGGAUAAUAGUUCAGAGUCCUCCACCCGGAACCUGAAGGAGCACAUCCCAAAUAGUUCUUUGGUUGAGCAUGUUUGA